GCACAGAGGGUGGCAGGUAUAUAAUGGGAGCUGAGCUGUAGACUGCACUCUCAACUUACCCAGACACCCUCUGCCACGGUCCCAGACAACUAAGAAGAGAACACUUCCAAAAAUCUUCUAGAGAUGGCAAAGGUUUUCAAGAAAACCAGUGGAAACGGAGGGCUCACCCUCUACCUGGGGAAGAGAGACUAUGUGGAUGAUGUGCAGAAAGUGGACAGAGUUGACGGCAUUGUAAAGCUGGAUCCAGCAGAUUUUGGAGACAGAAAAGUGUUUGUGCAGCUGGCAUGUGCCUUCCGUUAUGGUAGUGAGGACCUGGAUGUGAUGGGCCUGUGCUUCAGGAAGGACAUCUGGAUAAAGCAAGUCGAAAUCUACCCAAAUGGCGAGAAGCCUGCCUUGAGCGCCAUGCACGAAACCCUGCUGAAGAAAGCCGGAGACAACGCACAUCCUUUCUCUUUUGAGAUUCCCAACAAUCUACCCUGCUCAGUCUCUCUGCAGCCUGGACCUGAUGACAAAGGAAAGGCUUGUGGUGUUGACUUUGAGGUCAAAACAUACCUUGCCAAGGAAAAGAACAACCCUGAUGAAAAGGUUGAAAAGAAGGACACCGCCCGUCUUAUCAUUCGUAAAAUCCAAUACGCCCCAUCUCAGGUGGGCGCUGGGCCCAAAGCUGAAAUCUGCAAAAGCUUCAUGAUGUCUGACAAGCCUGUUCAUCUAGAAGCUUCGAUGGCAAAAGAUCUCUACCUUCAUGGUGAAGCCAUCCCGAUCAACAUCAAAAUCAAAAACGAGAGCAACAAAACAGUGAAGAAAAUCAAAAUCACCGUGGACCAAACCACCGACAUUGUGCUCUACUCGGCAGACAAAUACACCAAAUGUGUUCUUAGCCAAGAGUUCGCUGAGACGGUGGAGCCUAACGGCACCUACGACAAUAGCCUGUCCAUCACGCCUCUGCUGAAUGAGAACAAGGAGAAAAGGGGUUUGGCGCUGGACGGACGACUGAAGGACGAGGACACCAACUUGGCCUCCACCACCAUGCUGCGGCAGGGGAUAGAAAAAGAAGUGCUGGGUAUCCUGGUUUCCUACAAGAUUAAAAUUAACCUCAUGGUGGCUGGAGGAGGCCUGCUGGGUGGCCUCACCUCCAGUGACGUCACAGUGGAACUCCCACUGAAUCUCAUGCACCCCAAGCCUCAAGAAGAAUAAGGAGAAUCAUUUGUUGUCUUGAAUGAAAAGUCCCCCAUAGUCAAGAGAGAAUGUUACCCUGGACACUGAAGAGAAAUCCACAGAAAGACAGGAACGCAACAAAAGUCACAACAACAAAGAAGAAAGAGCACGACUGGUGCCCUGACACCAACUCAUAACAGAGCAACUGAAGACAUCAACUUUUCAAACACACCACCAACAUGCAUACAAAUGUAACAUCAGUCCUCUUGCAGAUUUUGUUGUCAUGUUGUUGAAUUAAUGUAAUAUAGCUGUAGAGAGAAUGCUUGGAUUGCACAUUAGUAUCCAACAAUUAGACACCCGAGACUUCUGUAGCAGCAUAAUCUGAUUCUCCUCCACCUAUUUGCAGGAUGUUACUGGGAUGCAAUAAAAAAAAAAAAAAAAUCAGAGUGAAAUCCAUAAAAGUUGAUGUUCUUCUCACUAUUUGUGACGCGUUCACUCAUUGUUUUGAAUGAUGUGUUUUUUUCAUGUGAAAUGUACUGGAAUAUGGUUUAGGCUGUACUCAUGAAACAUCCCAAAACACAAUAAAAUCAUUUAUAAGGUUUA